AUGGCCAGUGGAACCUCCAGUCCUGCACAGUUCUACGGGGACAGUGCCUCUUUAUUGUCCCUGGAGUCCAGUGUUUUCUACAGCGAAGCACCUCCAACAACCGAUGACACGUUAGACUUCUUCAUCAUCAAUGUCGGUGGAAGUCGCUACAUCCUUUCCCAUGAGCUCUUGGCGUCUUACCCUGAGACUAGGCUCGGCAAGCUGGCCCUGUCAACCCGUGAUGGCGCCAUGGACCUCUGUGACGACGCAGACCUCCUGGAGAACGAGUUCUUCUUUGACCGCAACUCACAGACUUUCCAGUACAUCAUGAACUUCUACAAGACGGGUCACUUGCAUGUGCGUGAGGAACUGUGCGUUGUCUCCUUCCUCCAGGAGAUCGAGUACUGGGGGAUCGACGAGCUGCGCAUUGAUUCUUGCUGCCGGGAUAAGUAUUACCGUCGGAAGGAGAUGAAGGAAUGCCUGGAUAUCAGGAGGGACGUGGAUGUGGUGGACACUGAGGAGGAGGACUUCACAGGGGUGAUGUGCCAGGACUUGAGACAGAGAUUAUGGGACCUCAUGGAGAAGCCAGACUCGUCCCCGGCUGCAAAGACAUUUGGUACCCUGUCCAUGUUCUUCGUGGUGGUCUCCAUCGUGAACAUGGCGCUGAUAUCGCUGGACUUCACCGUGCUGGGCCAGCCGUUUCUGGACGCCCUGGAGUACGUGUGCAUCAUCUGGUUCACGGGCGAGCUCGUGCUGCGCUACAUGUGCGUGCGGGACAAGUGCAGGUUCAGCAGGAGCGUGGUGAACAUCAUCGACCUGCUCGCCAUCCUGCCGUUCUACGUCACGCUGGUGGUGGAGAGCCUGCACGGCGGCUCCUCGGAGCUGGAGAACAUGGGCCGCGUGGUGCAGGUGCUCAGACUGCUGAGGUCACUCAGGAUGCUCAAGCUGGGCCGCCAUUCCACAGGUCUAAAGUCCCUGGGCAUGACGAUCACCCAGUGCUACCAGGAAGUGGGUCUGCUGAUGCUCUUCCUGUCGGUGGGCAUCUCCAUCUUUGCCACGGUCGAGUACGCCAUCGAGCACGACGUGCCCGACACCACCUUCAUCAACGUGCCCAGCGCCUGGUGGUGGGCCACCACCUCCAUGACCACGGUGGGCUACGGCGACAUCCGGCCUGACACGGCCGUGGGCAAGGUGGUGGCCUUCCUCUGCAUCCUCUCGGGCAUCCUCAUCCUGGCGCUGCCCAUCGCCAUCAUCAACGACCGCUUCUCGGCGUGCUACUUCACGCUCAAGGUGAAGGAGGCGGCGCUGCGGCACAGCGAGGCGCUGCGGCGGCUGGCGCGCGGGUCCACCUCCGACGGCGCGGCGCUCGGGGUCAACCUGCGCGACGCCUACGCCCACAGCGUCAUGGAGAUGCUCCGCCUCCAGGGGAGGGAGAGGGCGAGCACGCGCAGCAGUGCCGCCGAUGACCCCUGGUGAUGAAGG